AUGGCGGCCAACAAUCCAGCGGUGGGUGCUCACGGGCCUGCAGCGGGCGAAACCCAGGUGCCUCUUAACCAAGAGAGAUCGCCCGUGAUCAUGAACGUGGCCAAUUAUCUCAGAGGCAACAGCAUGCUCAAAAUGCGUGGCGGCUUGUUGAACAACAAAGAAGAGGUUGACUUUUUCCGCUUCAAGCGCAUGAAGCGGGCCCUUUUGAGCGACGACUACAAGAAGAAAAGCGCGGACGGCAAGAACCAGCUCGUGCUGAUUCCAAACGAACAGGAGGUUGCAAAGAUGUUUGUGCAAUUCAUUCUGGCGCGGCUCUUGGUGCCCGUCGAGAAGUUGCACUACCAUGAAAUCAAGGCCGUGAAAGGCUGGGUGCCCAACAGGCAGAAGCCCACGUUGCGUCCCACCACCAAAGCGACGUUGGACCCCGACGCGUACUACGCGUGGACGUACCAGAAACCCAACCCCUAUUUAGUUUUGUAUGGCUUCUUGAUGAUUGCCGCGGUGUUUGCGGUGAUUCUCUUCCCGUUGUGGCCGGUGUUCAUGAGGAUCGGGGUGUGGUACUUGUCCAUGGGCUGCUUAGGGCUCCUAGGGCUCUUUUUCGCCAUGGCCAUUGUGCGCUUGAUCAUCUUUGUGGUGACCUUCGUGGCGUUGCCCCACGCGUUCUGGUUGUACCCCAACUUGUUUGCCGACUGCGGCUUUUUUGAGAGUUUCCAGCCCUUGUAUGCGUGGAGCGGGCCCUCCGAAAAGAAGUCGAAGAAAAAGAGGGCUGCUGCUGUCACGCAGCCCGAGGCUGUGGCCCAGGCCACUGCCUCAGGUGUGCAGAAAAGCUCGGGCGCCCAAGGGAGGACUGUCACUUUGGAGGAGGUGGACGAGUAA